GCGUCACUUUCAUUUCCUCUUUCUAAGAUGCCAUUGUGUCACGGAACUCCAGUUUUACUCAGUAAAAGCUAUGAAUUUUUUACAGAUCACCCCGUUCAACCAAGAGAAAAGCUCUCUCGAGUCAGUUUGAAGCAGAAUGUCUGGGCAGUUGCAUCACACCAUCUGUCAAAUCACAGAUGAGCUCAGCACCGAUGAAUGUAAGCGCAUCUCUUACCUGUGUGGGACUCUUGACACGGACACGUUCUCUGCAGAUCCCAGAGGAAUGUUACAGUCUGUGUUGUGCCAGAUAAGGAUGGAUAAUGUGUUUCUCACCAAGCUCAUUCUGAACAUAAAACGCUAUGAUCUACUGAGAGAUGUGCUGGGGACCAACAAGAGUACGGUUGAGGAAAUGUUAAAACUAGGACAUGCUGUAUCUGAAUACAGAUUACUGAUGGAUGAUGUCAGUGAGGACAUGGACACUGAAGACCUGAAGUCAUUGACAUUCUUACUGAGAGACACUUUACCGAAACAUAAACUGGAAAAUGUCCAGAGUUUUUUAGACAUUGUGGUGGAGCUGGAGAAGCUCGACCAGCUCUCUAGUGAGAAGAUGGACAUGAUCGAACACUGCCUGAGGUCCAUUCACAGGGUUGAUCUAGCUAACAAGAUCAGCCGUUACCAGCAGAGAGUAUUAAUGGCAAACCACGGAACUUCCCCACCAGACAGACUGCAACUCGGCAGAUGCAGAAAGGCAUUGGUGAAUAACCCAUUUGGUAUGUCAUCAGUUUCCUGCAAUGUUUGGCAGGUUCCUAAACUCUGUGAUAAGAAGACAGCUGUGAAGGAAGAAGCAAGAAGCUCCUGUUUCCAGCAGCAGGAAGAAGUAUACAGUAUGCAGAGCGAUCCCAGAGGAGUGUGUUUAAUCAUAGACUGUGUCGGCAUUGAAGGAGACCAGCUGGCAAAAACAUUUAAGGGCUUACACUUCCAUGUAAUCAUGCACAAGCUGCUGAGUGUCAGAGACAUGCUGUCCACUCUGACGGAAGUGGCCCGACAGCGGGAGCACUACAAGACAUGUGUGUUUGUCUGCUGCAUUAUCAGCCGAAGCCACUCAUCAGACCUGCUGGCCACUGACUCCCAUGGCCCAGGACUGAACCUGGACACAAUCAGGCACCUGUUCACCCCAAACUCCUGCCCUGGCCUGGCAGGCAAGCCUAAACUCUUCUUUAUCCAGAGCUAUGAUGUGUCAGAGCCUCAGGGGUGUGCUGGGUAUAUGGGGUGUGGAGAUCAGGAAGAUUUGGAGACAGAUGGGCCUGUCCACUUCUGCAGGAUGAGAACUGUCCCAGCUGAUGCAGACGUCUUCUGGAGCCACUGCUGGACUGGAGGGAAGAAACUGGAGAUACCAAACCACCAGUCUGUUUACCUGCAAGCUCUGCGAUCCUCCUUAACUGAGGGACAGAGAAGGAGGACUCAUUUGGUAGAUGUACACAUGGUGGUGAAUCGUGCAGUAUAUGAGCACAAUAACAAAUCUUCAGAUUCCUCUUACUAUUUAAAUCUGAGACACACUCUGAGGAAAAAUGUCUAUUUGUCAUGAUUAUGAACCCUUAUGUUUAAACAUGAGUGGGGUUAUGCAUAAGUAAAGGUACUGUUUAUGUGUAUGCAAGAACAUGUCAAAUGUUUAAGUCAGGGGUUUUCAAACUUUUUGAUGUCAACUUCAAAUAUAAUGAUCCAACUGAAAAUGACCAACCUUCCUAAAACAUAAAGGUAGUUAUAUAUUUUCAUGUAUAAAGACCAAUUUGUACUGUAUGAGAAAAAUAAUAAGUGUAGUAUUAUAAAGGCAACAUGUUGUUUGCAAUAGUAAAUUAUUAAUAAUAUAUAAUAUAUUAUUUUUGUAAUUUAUUAUUUGUAUAUAUUAUAUCAAAAUAAGAAAUUAUUAUUUGGAAAACACUUAUUUUGUAUUAAUCUGAUAGUGUAUCUUUUUUCUACCCACUAUGUGACUGUAUAAACAUCAAGAUUUUUGUUUGUUUGUUUGUUAAUGAAAUUAAAUUGAAAUGUAUUCAUAGUCUUUACAAAGCUGACUGAUACAGGCAAUAAUUGUCAAAAUCUGAAAAUAUUUAUUUGCUUAGUUUUUUUUACACUAUUUUCUGUUUUUUUCCCUGAUUUAAGUAAUAUCAUAAUGAUAUUGAUAUUAAUUGUAUCAAUUAGAAUUUGCAUCAGGUUCUAUUGUUUCAAUAAAUGUUUCUCAUGCCUCAUUGUUUGUUGUUUCCUAAUUGUCCACAUGUUGGCAGUGUUGACCUUCUGGCAGUACACGUUACCACUAACAGACUUUGUACGACUUUUCUUGCACAAC